UCCCAGUCCCAGGAGCCUCGACUUCGCUGUCGGCUGUCGCUAUAAAUUUGCAGCGCCAAAGUGAUAAUGAAAGUGUUUCCUUCCGUUUGGGGCAAACAAUGUGCCAAGAAAAGCGACACCAGGCGGCAAAAAGCCCGAGGGAGGGGGGCUAUAAGAAGAGACCCCGUUUGGUUGGAGAUUCUAAUGCAGCUCAUAUGGCUGGGUUCUUCCAUUUCAAAUCCCAGCCUAUCGCCCCAACUGCUUCACAAAUUGAUUUCUGGGCAAGAUCCCGUUCCACCUGGUGUUCUUAUCUACCAACCCGGAGUUAUUAAUGCCCUCGAAACGCUUUCAGUUCUAACGGAUGGUGAAUCCCAGAAGGAAUUCAAUGGGUUGUACGUUAGACCCCUCCCGAGAAUAAGUCAGAGGUUGUGGUUGAACCACACGAAUACGCUGCUCUUGAAAGACGGCACUGAAGUACUGGAUUCCGGAAAAAGAGCUAUCGCCAACCUGGCCAAUCUAGAGCUCAUAGACUUUACCUAUCCGAGACGCAGUCUCUUUAAGUUCAACGAGUUCUUGAAGGAUACGCACCAGAGUUCCUAUUUUUCCUCCAUCCUGCAGCGGCGAAAGCUAAAGUGGGACACCCAACUGAUAUCCGUUAGCACAGCCACAAUGAGCGCCCAAUGGAUACAAAGCUUUUAUCCUAAAUUUUCCAAGCUAAGGGUUUUCCACAGCCAAGUCGAUGAACAUGGAGGAAAUCGAAAGGUGGCGGUGGAGUCGAUGAUUGUAGAAGGAAAUUUUCUCUACGAUGAAUUUGAUGGUCUGAAACUGCUGCACCUGCCGCUCAAGGAAAACUCUACUCUUCUGGUUCUUCUAAGUCCCGAGGUCAGGGACAAAAACUCAUAUGAAUUGCCCAAUCGGUAUAAUCCACUGGAGCUGCUGAAGAGGGGAAAACUGGCGACCGUUCUAGUGCAGCUGCCCAAGUUUGAGUUCGAAUACCGAACCGAACUAGUACCCACAGCCCUCAAUGGAAUGGGUCUUCGACGGGUUCAUGGGAAAGAUGCUGAUUUCAGCAAACUGACACCUAGUAAAAUAAGGCUGUCCAGCAUGGUGCAUGCCACAUCCAUUCGCAUCGACGAGUUCGGCAUCAAUGAAGAACCCUUUGAGCCCAAGCUGGUCUCUCCGGUGCGAAUAGGACCUUCUCUUAGGGUGUUUUAUGCCAAUCGACCCUUCUACUUCUCAAUUGUUAAUAAAAAUCAGGUGCUCUUCACUGGCGAGUUUUUAGGUCCCUAAGCUUGUCUUGUUUGAUUUAAGAACCAUCUGUAAAACGUUAAUAUGAGAUAUAAAUUGGGAAUUAUUUAUGCUUUGCAUACAAUCUAAA